UUUCGAAACAAUUAAAAGUUUAAUAUUUUAAUUGGUAAGUUUUAGACUGUAAAAUGAGUGUUACUGUGACAAAUACAUUCUACAAUUGUACUAACUAAACAAAAAAAUAAGCAUGCAGGGAUUAUACACCGAACGUAAUAUUGGAACGGAUAAAGUUCUUGAAGUGACUAUUUGGAAUGAGAUUAUUUUCCUCACAGUUUUAAUACUUGUUAUCACUAGGACUAAAUGUCUAACUCCUGUCGUCAAUAUCGAAAGCGUCGGACAAGGGGACAAUUUCACCGUUGAAUGUGACAUCACAAAGUUCAGCCAGACCCCAGUUGCUGAUUACCUGUGGAGCCUCUCGGCACAGGCAAAGCAAGAGACCCAGAAGGAGUACACCACCGUGGCGACAUACUGUCCGUUUCUUCCACUAGAAGAACAACAGCUGACGAGGAUUCCUCCCGGACGUCAGUGGACUGUUUUCUACUCAGGAGGGAAUUCUUACGUAAACAUAGACACUAUUAGGAUUAGCAUUCACGUGAUGGAUGGUCGAAGUGAGGACGCAGGGUUGUACAGGUGCAUACUCAUCACUGGCACGAAACCCCAGAAAACUAUGUACUCAACGCCGUCCCAUUUACUGGCGAAAGCCACCACAGUAAGGACAACACAGUCAAAAUCUACAAAUCAGGUGUCAACUAAAGAAAGAAAGAGAAGAAUCGCCACAAAAGUUCACACAGUUAACCCCACAGGUGCCCCUGCCGUAGAAUCCUGGAAGUACAUUUGGUAUUUAGCUCUAUCCAUUCUUAUAGUCAUCACUGCAGUGCUAUGUUUCUUAAGAAAAAAGCGCUCAAAGCCAAACGUGACAGAAUCCAACAAUCUUGAUUUGAAUAGCAAAGCUCCUAAAAUUCACGUGAGCGCUUCGUCCUACGGUGAAUCCCAAGUGGACCCUGUGAAUGAAUUUCCAAACACUGAUAAGAAAAUAAAAAAAUCUAGCUCUAAAAAUGGAAGUCAGCUGACGGCUUCAACCAAUUACAACGAAUCAGAAGUAGACACUACCUCUAAUACAAACUCUUAGUAUUACCUAUGACUGUGAAAUGUUAUUUUGAAGUGUUAAAAAUAAAACCGU